ACAUGACUUUCGCACUGUGAUUGGCUCGCAAAAGAGGAGUGCAACAUGUUGGCCAAUCUCUUCACCCUGGGAUUCCUUCUGGUCCAGCUCAUCCUUCCGCCCGUCCUGGGAUUCUCGGAGGAGUACGAGUCGGCCAACUGCUCCGAUCCCUCGACCGACUUGACGUCCUGUGGCCGCUUCAGUCCGAACGGAUGCUGCGCCAAGGGGUGUGUGAGGAACCUCCGCGGGAGGUGCGUCCAGGAGGAGUGCACCGCGUCCUGGAACGCCUGGCUCAAGAGGCCCGUGACCAUGAGCUGCUACUUCCACUGGUUCCUGCUGAUCUUCGCCGGGAUUAUCAUCGUCGUGAUGCUGUGCCUGGUGGUGUGCAACGUGGGCUUCGAGGUGCGGCGCUGCCUUCGCCGGCAGAGAAUCGAGAGAUUCAGGCGCUUCAGGGACCUGAGCGGAGUCUCCAUCGGAUCCACUCAGUGCUAGGACACGUGUGAGCAUCCAGGGCCUUGAGCACAAGGAGCGGGAGAAGGGGGAAAGGGGGAAAGGGAAGUAGCCGAGGGAUUUACCAUAAUCUGCAAUACAUUAGCGGCAGCUUUGCUCUGGAUUCCAAUUCAAUUCUUUGGGUAUCCCGGCCAAAGCCAUGUAAAUUACGAUUCGCCACCUCGGAAAUCCUAUUAGUAGUUAAAACCUGAUUAGGAAAUACUUGCGGCCGAGAUUCGGGCCCACACUUGCCGGGAGCGGAUAAUAACAAAUGGCUCGCAUGCGGCAUGCGGAAUGCUUUGUGGCAUUGUGGCCCUUCGGGGUGACAACUCCAGUCGAAGGUGGAGCUCGCACUCAGAUGGCGAUGGAGUCGAGUCAAAGGUGCAAUAACCCAACCGACGGGGCACAUAAAACUAAAUGGCUGCGGGUUGCGUUGCCAGUCCCCUAGCCUCCCCCAAUUGCCCCUCUGCCCUCUUGGAGCUCAGUAGCUAUUGCGGUGGAGAUAACACCCAUAAGGGUACACUCAAGGACAUGUGAGAAGGAGCGGGGAAUGAAGUUGUAUCAACUCAGUUAAGUAUAUUUUUAAAGAAUUUCGAAAA